AGACCCUUUACAUUAUUAUACUGCUCCGGGACUUGCUUUUGAUGCUAUGUUAAAACAUACAGGCGUUGAGUUUGAAUUAUUAGACGAUCCAGAAAUGAUUCUGUUUAUAGAAAAACGUAUCAGAGGUGGUGUAUCGCAGUGUGUAUAUCGUUAUGCUCGAGCUAACAAUCGUUUUAUGGGAAAUGAUUUUAAUCCAAAUUUAGAUGAAUCGUACUUGAUGUAUUUCGAUGUAAACAAUCUGUACGGGGCUGCAAUGUGUUUGUCUUUACCGCAAGGAUCAUUUGAAUGGGUAGAAAAUUUCGAAUGCACACAAAACAAUAUUGAAACUCUUUUUGAUUGUAGUGAAAAUGAAGGAUUUAUUUUAGAGGUGGAUUUGAAUUAUCCAAUAGAAUUACAUGAUCUUCAUAAAGUCUUGCCAUUGUGUCCCGAACAUUUUGUACCUCCUGACAGUAAACAGUCAAAAUUAGCGACAACUUUAUAUCCAAAAGAAAAAUAUACAAUUCAUUUUAAAAACUUACAGCAAUGUCUCGAGCUAGGUAUGGAGCUUGUAAAAGUUCAUCGAGUUUUAAAAUUUAAACAAUCAGCAUGGUUGAAACCUUACAUUGACAAAAAUACUAACUGUAGAAAAAAUGCCAGAAAUGAAUUUGAGAAAAAUUUUUAUAAAUUGAUGAAUAACGCGGUUUUCGGAAAGACAAUGGAAAAUGUUAGAAAGCACACGGACGUUAGAUUAGUUAAUUUAUGGGCCGUAUUCUCGAUUUAUCAAAGACUUUCAUUUAUGAUUUCCAUUAUAAUUGUGUUAAAAAUAUUUUCGAAAAUGAUAAAUCAAAAUUAUUGUAUACUGACACCGAUAGUUUAAUUUAUGAAUUUAAGGUUCCAAAUAUUUAUGAUAUCAUUAAACGUGAUAUCCAUAAAUUCGAUACUUCUGAUUACCCAGAGAAUAAUGUUUACGGUAUUCCUUUGAAGAAUAAAAAAGUUAUAGGUCUGAUGAAAGAUGAAAUCAAUGGAAAAAUAAUGUCAGAGUUUACUGGCUUAAGAGCAAAACUAUAUGCGUUUAAAAUUUAAUGAUAAUCAAGCUAAAAAAAGAGCAAAGGGUGUUAAGGGUUCAACUUUAAGGACUAUCACGUUUGAUGAUUUAAAAAAUUGUCUUUUCGAACAUAUCGAUGUAACAAAACAUCAAUACUUAAUAAGAAGCCGUAAACAUGAAGUUAAAACUAUUAAACACAUUAAGUUAGUACUAAGCUGGAAUGAUAAAAAGAGAAAAUUAAUGGAUGAUUCAACGGAUACUCCACCUUAGGGAUACCAAGAAUCAAAAACUACUAGUGAUGAUGAUGAUAAAAUCAUUAUUGAUUAGAAAAAAAAAUUACAAAUUAUAAAUUUAAUAUAAAUAA